AUGGAGAAACAGCAGCUAAUUCUGGAGCCCAUAAUCCUCUUCCUCCCCCGGGGAUGGGAUGCGUGCCAAUCAUGCAGCUGCUGGUGGGCCCCGGGGAUGAGCCCCUGGCAGCUCCCCAGGCGUGCCGCAGGCCGGAGCAACUCCCAGACCAUGGGUGAUGUGCAGAAGGGUGCUCUGCAGCUACCUGGCACCUCGCAGGGCUCCCCCAGCACCCUGCGCCCCCAGGGGCUGCUCUCCGUCAUCCAGAGGCUGAAGGGUUCCCCAGAGCAGGAGCUCCGCAUCGUCCUGCUGGGGCUGGACAAUGCAGGGAAGACCACGCUGCUGAAACGCCUGGCGUCCGAGGAGGUCAGCACCAUCACGCCCACCCAGGGCUUCAACAUAAAGAGCAUCCACUCACACGGCUUCAAGCUAAACGUCUGGGAUAUCGGGGGGCAGCGCUCCAUCCGCCCGUACUGGAGGAAGUAUCUGGGCAGCACAGACCUGCUGAUUUAUGUCAUUGACAGCGCAGACCAGAAGCGUUUCGAGGAGACAGGGCAGGAGCUGGCAGAGCUCACCGAGGAGGAGUCCCUCACGGGGGUCCCACUGCUGGUGUUUGCCAACAAGCAGGACCUAGUGACUGCAGCACCCGCAGCUGAAAUCGCGGAAGGGCUGAGCCUCCACACCUACCGGGACCGGGAAUGGCAGAUCCAAGCCUGCUCAGCCUUGUCUGGGGAAGGAGUGCAGGAUGGGAUGAACUGGAUUUCCAGCCAGAUCAUGAACAGGAAGAAGUGA